CUUUCAUCCCUUCUGUUCUCAUUACCCUCCCUUCUUUAUUGCUCACCUAUCCAUUCCAUUCAUUCUAGAUCCUGUAUCAGGAAGAAGGAAUAGCAAUUUUCAUUCACUCAUUCCGACCAUCACAUUCACCCUUUCUCUCUUCAGGUAGUCACCGUUUUUGCUGUCUUUGGCGCCGCGAACGAUACGCGUCUGGCGAUAGAAAUAACGCCCCGCAUCCUGAGCCAAAUCAACACAUUUCGACCGACACUCUAAGGAAUGGAACAACAACAACAAUGGAUUCCGGCUUUUGAGGAGCUUGCCGAAAAUGUCUCCAAAGCAUUGCUCUCAGACUCACAUGAGUAUGUUCACGGUGUUGUGCGUCAAUUAGAAACUCAUAAGCAAUCUAUCAUCACUCUUCUGGAGAUACCUGCACCUAAUGUCGGCCACAGAGCUCAGCUGAAGCUUGGCUCGCCGAAAAUCAAUGGCAGGGUACGCACAGUCAAUGAGGAUUUUAUCUCAGAAGCCAUUCUUUUGUCAGAUCAACUGGAGCUUGAUGAAUAUAUUGCUUCUUCACUUCUUGACUAUGGUAUCGAACGGAGAGCACGAUUCGACCGUACAGCUAUUGAAACAGCCAUUAUUUUGUUCCACAGAGAAAAAAUCGCAAUGCUCCAUAUCAUUCAUGCCAUUUUGGAUACGUCAAGUACUUAUGAUGCACCUACAGAGUUCAGCAGGGCAAUAGUCAACUUCAGAGACGAUCUCUUGCAAAGUAACUUAGGCAGUAAGGCCCUCAAUUUGAUCGAGAAUCUAGAGAAGAAGGCAACAGCUCUCAAGAAUGCAAUGACUGAGACGUCAACAUUGGUGGCACAGCUCGGCAUGCCCAUAAACGAAGAUCGUCUUGAUUUCAUCAAGCAGGAGCGCGUUCUAGUUGCCACAAUCAUGUUUGAUAUUGCAUUUUGCCACGAGCUACCUGCUUCAACGGUUAAAUCUACUAUUAUAACCCUGAAGAAAAUGAAUCUUUCUGAUCCACUCGCCAUAUACCUCACUGUCACUGUCAUGGCAGCCUUCGAGGUUUCUCCAGAACAUAUGCGAAUCCGUGGAAAGUCCAGCGAUGAUUUUCCCAUCUACAUGGCUCAAGAGACAAUCUUUACUGACUACGCGAGUUUCAUCACGGAAAAGAAUUGGGCUGUCCCUGCUAUCGGAGCUGUUAUCUUGUUGCAAUUUAGUCUAUGUAUCGGAAAUGUCUACCAAAAUCGUGGGAACGGCCUGUCAGAGGAUGACCUUCAAAGAGUGACUGAGAACGCUGUUACGUCAGAUGCAUUUCAAUUUAUCGCCAAUUAUAUCCUUGGAUUCAAGUCGCAGGUGGUGAUCAAUGGAAACGAGAUUGAGGUCCCUUUUAAGAUGUCCAAUGCAUCGUUGGGUAUUUUGGAUCAAAAUACUGAUGGGUUUGAAACUACCGUUGGUAAACCUGUUGCAGUUCGGAUGGCUGUUGAUGUGCAAGACCAAAUUCUUGUCUUGCUCGAGAUGACGAUGCGUGAUUUCAUUAUCACUAUGCAAACGCUGCUUCGAAAGAUCAAGCACAGAGAAGAGGAUGUGGUCGCUCACCAAUCAUCACUGCGACAAUCACAGAUGCAAUUAGCACACAGGAACGACCUUGAUGCAUUAUUUACUGUCGUUGCUCUUUUGUACAAAGGACGUCCUGAGGCAGGGAUCCGUUUUUGGCCCAAUAAUGAUGAUAGACUUUACAGGUUCCUCAAGUGGGGUGUCGAUUGCAAGAAUACAGCGCGUUCAUUCUUUGAUAUGCUGGGGUCACUUGCUACUGGGCCUCAAUGCGCUCACUAUGCUUAUGAAUUUUUGAAGAGUAAUGGAGGUCGCUACGGGACACAAGGCUCAGCAACGCCCAACACUCUAUGCUCUUGGGGGAAGCUUUUUGAGGCUGUUGACUAUUACACAGAGAGACUUAAUGCUGAAAUUAGUGCCGGGGGACAAGUGGAAAAGAUCCUACCAGAAGAGGAGGCGCUCCUUAAAUCGUUCUUGCAUCUUCUUAGUGUUGUAGCUCAGUACUCCGCAGUUGCUCGCUCCGCCAUGAACGAUUCUAAACAGUAUCAAGUUAUCCAUUCACUCUUUCGUUUCUUCAUCUGUCCGAUCUCUGUGGACCUCAAGGCUAGUAUCUUGGAUGCUAUUGCGGCAUUCGCAACACCUUCAACUAAUAGGAGCGAGACUAUUAACAUGAUAUGGGAUUAUUUGGAGCAAGCAAGAAUCCUACCUAAAUCAUAUGCUACACCUUCGCCUGAGCAGACACUUUCCGCUGGCGACAAGGGUCCAGUUGUUGCGACGUCGCCUCGUCAAGAACAGGAGAGCUUGGAUACUGGAAUCGACUAUGAUAUUGAGGAGAUUGAAGCCGCAAAUAAGACAUUCCCUGAAACUCUCUCGUUCACUCGACUUUUGUGCAAUUUGAUCCAAGUACCUUUAAACCCAGAGGAGCUUUUGUCUGGCGGGUCUCCAUCGAUUUCGUCACAACUUGGAUCCAGUUACCGCCAGCCUGGAGUCAUCCCUUACGUUCGAUUUGUAUUGGAUAAAAUCUUUGUCAAAGCUCUUAACAGAACAUACCGUGUCACGAACGAAAAAUGGAAGGUCGUUGACUCCUGUCUUUGCUUCAUGGAGCGAUGCCUUCUUUCUUUCGACAUUGGUUCUUUUGUGAUUGGAGAGUCCCUCAAAAAGGAUCAAGACGACACCAGUAUCGAGGCGCAAAGGAAAAACGUUCUUCGCGCUUCUUUGCAUCCUGCGUUUGAAGUGUUGACGCGUCUCCUUUCAGGUGGAGACGUAUUGCAUGAAAUAUUUAGAGUCAUCGGGACUGGCGUAGACAUUCUGAAUAAGGAAGAUAAAACAACGCCUUACUUGAAAUCUUCAAUCCUUAGAUGCUUCAGGAUCGUGACCAAGACCAUGCAGCUUCAGGAUGUUUUCAAGGAGUAUAUUAUCCAGAUUCUAUUAUCAUCUGGUAGCAGAAAUUCAGUUUUAUCAUCGCUAGCACCAAUGGAGCAACAUUUAGCUUUUAGCCAUGCCUCUAUUGUUGAUAUUGCAUGCUACAUUAACUGUGAUGUGAGCUUAGAAAUUUGCUCGCUUUCAAUUGAGAUUCUAGACCGACUCUCCGCAUCGCCUCUCUUCACCAGUACAGUAGGCCACAGGAGCACCGCCAUCAACAGGCUAGUUCGACUCUUGCAAACUUCGUCUCUUUCCAACCAAAUUCUCUACGGAUUCGCUCAGAAGCUCGAGGAAGAGGAGGAUGAGCAGACAGACGAGUUCGGCGUCCCCCAUGCCGACCCGUCUAUGGCUAUUGACGGGUUAGAAUCACACAACGCAGUCCAGAAGCGAGCCAUCUUCGCGCCGCCUCCCAUCACCGCCUCCACGGUCCGCCUCCAAAUUAUGCGCCUUUUACUCGACAACUUGGAUGAGUCUCGUAGUCCGCCUUCAAUUGCACAUUUCUUGCUAGGGUACCCAACUGAGUUCAGACUUGCAGGAUCUGAGAAUGUUGACAUCUUGUCCAACAAUCUGUCUAUUACCGCUCUUAAUGUUACUUUGGACUUAUUACGCCGUGGUGUGGAUGGACAGGAUUUUGACUACACUUCUCUGUCAUCCAUUCCAUUAUAUAUCACUCACCCUCAACUUGCUGCAAAAUGCCAAGAGCUUAUUUAUCGUCUCUGUGUAGAGCCGGAGACUACGAAGCCAACGAUGCGCUAUCUCCGAACCAAUGAAGCAUUCUUUUACAGGCAACUAAAGGCACUUCCUAUACGAUUCGAGGAGGGUCUCGAAGGUCCUCAUGGCGUUUUUAUUCGUCGAGAUGGUUCUCAGUUCAGAGCCAACUUUUUCAACCUUCUCUCUCAGCUUUACCAACGCUCAUGGGUCAUGCGCACAGCUGCUUUAGAGCUGCGAGUAGCAUGCGAAACGAAUCAGCGCAGCGAGGCUGUUCGUCUAUUAUCGCUUAUCUUUGACAAUACUGAUAAUGCACGCGCCACCAACAGUGACGAUUUUAUGUUUUCGAUCUCGCGAGCUCGUAAUGGCAACUUGGUUCAGCCUCGUGUGAAGAUCCUGGAGCUUUUAGAUUCGUUUGACUUUGCUUGGGAUGAUGACUUGAAGAUCAAGGACUUGGAACGCUAUUACUUCCCAGAUAUUUCCGAGGACUCCUGUUUAGAGAAGGAUGAGAACGGUAUUGAGUUGUAUAACGCACGUAAAUUAUUCUCACUUCUUGUUGCCCGUAAGUCGCAGCUCGAGAACGAAAAUAUAAUCUCUGGGGUCGCUCACAAGGCUGCAGCACAUGCAGAGAUUGAGGCUAUCAUGGGACAAUGCUUGGCCAAGAAUCAUGCCAGAAAAUUAGAAGCUGCAAGGAGAACAGCGUUUGAAUCUUGGCGCGAGUUAAUCGAGAUCACAUUAGGUCCUGGUUUCUAUUCAUUGAAAGUUGAAAAACGUGAAAUGAUACUUUACGAUAUCUUGGAAGCUGUGCUUGCUAAGCUCCAGAGGGACUGUCCAGUCGACAUCACUACAAUCUUGUCCAAAGUUGUCCUUUCCAUCCUUCAACGCCUCCGCUCAGAUCACUUCCGACAGUUCAUCUUCCAGGCAACUUCAACCGACCCGAACAAAAUGGACACGCGUUUGCCAGCUGAACGACUACAUCGUCUCGCCAGAGGGAUUAUUGCAAGCAUUCUUCGCCCUGGAACAUCAGAAUCUCGAUAUAACAUGUAUUCAGCUCUUGUCAACUAUUUUCAGUAUACACGAUCGGAGGAUGAUACUCUCAAGAGCGCAAAAAGCUCAUCGCUCUACGCUUCAGAUGUUGCAAGGUCGAAGGUAGGCAGCGGCGCUAGAAGUGCCAUCGAGCUUGGAAAUCAGGUUUUGGUAGCGGAGGCAGGUGAGCGUCUCUUGGAGAUCGUGUGUAGAGAUGCUUCAGAUGUCGAUCAAGUUUGCAAGAUCGCUGCGUUCACGCUUCUGAAUACGUUAUAUGGCUUAUUUGAGAAAGAGACUACCAACCGUGUGCUGGUGCAUUUGGUUCAACGUAACUAUUUAAAGCAUUUUAUUGAUAUCAUGGCUCGGGAGGAUCUUGAACUGCAAGCAUGCGUCAAAGGCCGUGUGAGCAGAAUGCCGAUUUUGAGUGAGGCAAGGAUGACCUUAUUCUUGCGUAUUGCUCAACGUAGGGAUGGAGCUGAGCAGUUACUUGAGUAUGGCUUUUUCGAUGUCCUUACAAACUCUUCAGCUGUCAUUGACAUUCGAUCCAACCUGGAUUCUGCUGACUUUGGUCCAUUUGAGCAAACAGAGAGCAAUCUUUAUCACAACAUUGUCUAUCCUAUGCUUCAAGUCGCCGUUGCGAUCCUCGCCAAUCUUGGCCGAAACCAUCGUACAGCCACAUCCAAGGCCGAAUUAUUUGUGACUAGUCAUCAGGACACUUUUGCUUCUAUUCUGAGAGAUAGCGAUGUGCCAACCACAAUUAAUUCUCUUCGUGAGCUGCGUGUCAUCACCGCUUUUCUAAACCAGCUUGCUGGCCACAUCGCAACCAAGUCAGCAUCUGCAGCAUCCGUCUUUGGUCCUUUGCAUAAUCUCUUGUUAGCACUGAUCCCUAAGUACUUUUCUGCUGAUCAAUGGUCACAAUCUCUUCAACCUGUCAGUGACGCUGAAAAGAUGAUGGCAACCACAUUAGCUCCUGCAUUGACUGCUAGAAGUGGAACAUCAUUGUUCGAGCGAGAUGCUAAGAACUUUGCUCGAGAUAUUUGCAAAAACUUGUUGUCGUAUUGUCAAAUCAGCACAGAAAAUGUCAAUCGUACAGCAUCCAAAUCAUUUACACCUCUAUUCACUUGGACGAUUUCAAAUCUGGUCAGUGGCCAUGAUUCGGUUGCAGUACCGUCAUUGGCGACGUUAGUCGGCUUUAUGAGCCGCACGACCAAUGAUGUUCAAGAGGCUCUGCUUCGCCAUCAAACACAAGUAAUCAAACUAGAUAACAUUGCGUCUUUGACUCCUGAGGAAAAACAGGAUAUUUUGCAGUCUUCGGAUGAAGAUUACCUGGAUGAGCUUGUUGCAAUCCAGAGGGAUCAGCUUGCAGUUCAAGUGCUUCAAAAGAUGCUACUAUCGUCCACUCAGGAGAUCAUGUCGGAUCUCUACUUGCUUGAGAUAUCAUUAACUGUGUUUUGGAGACAUUUGGAAUAUUACCUUGGACAAUACGGAGGUCUGUUAGACGGUACAGCGUCGCAAUCAAGAUUGGGAGUCUCACGGUUUGGGCACAAUAGUGUAUUCAGUGGAUUUGAAUCGGGUGCUGGUACUAGUGCUGGGGGAGGCUCUGUUGGCGUAUCUUCACUUAGUUUUGCGCGGAACAGCGGAUUUGGAGGAUUUGGUACUGCGUCGUCGAUGGCAACAAGUAACGGAUCAGGCGAUUUUGGCAUUAGUCUGAAUACAAGCCAAAGUGUGAACCAGAGUUUAUCCAAGAACUUUAAGCCCACUCUCGCGGAAGCACAGGCAUUGAAGAGGGACGCGGGACAUAUGAUUAAACCUGUUUUGGAUAACAUUGCCAGCCUUGACUUGACACAAGAGAGGAUGAGAUGGGAUAGUAGUUCAAGGAAUAGUUUUAUUGAACUACUUGUGCGCAAUAUCCGUGCUCUAGUAGAGCGCACCUAAAAAAAAGACUCGCUUUAAAAAGCAAAAUAAAUUUACAGUAUUACAAC